GGUUAGGGUUUGUCGUUGGAUCGAUGAUGAAUGGUGUCGUCUUCGUCUCGCUGCUCUCCUCCAUCGUCUCGCGCUUCUUCCGGGUGAGUUAGAUUGCAACAAGGAAUGGGAUGCGGGCGUGCAGGCUUGGAGUAGUGGAUCCUUCCAAUUCCGUGGCCAGGCUGCUACUGGAGCCCUUCGACAAGGCUGUAGCUGCCGCCAUUCUAUCCGAUAAUCUCUCCUCUUGCCUCCUCCUGCCGCUCCUCGCCGAUCCCGGGAGCUCAAAUCCCUCCUCCCCGAUCUCCUCCAGGCAAUCCUACAAGCGGCUCAAGGCGCCCGGCUGCUCCGACGCUUGCUUCCUCCGAGCUCAGGUACGCGGCGGCCAUGCCGGAUCUCCCACAAUCGAUGGCGUCGCGCUUCAAUUCGGCCAAUUCUCCUCGCCCGCGCCUUGCCGCCAUCACAGCUUCUUCCUAGUGGCGUCGCCAUCGCCUGGCACGACUGGAUCGUGCACGGAUCUCCGGGCGUGGUGCUGCGACACGAUUGACACGACGAGACAGGUGCCGCUGGAGGCAGGGGGUUUUGGGGGUUCUUCGUCGCCGCGAAUGGCUGCCCGGCUCGAUAUCCCCCAUAUGGGAGUGAAGAUGGUCGCGUCUGUCAACUUCAUCGCCCUCCACUCCCCCGUGGCUGGCAAGGUCUGGCUGUUUGCUGCCAAGCUCCAGGAUCCCAAAGCUGGCGACUCUAGUGGCUCGCUUCUCCUCCUCAGCUGUGCGCUACUCGACUGCAGUGCUGCUCCGGUCUACUCGAUCCAUCUCUCCAUGCAGCACUUGCUUAUCGGCGAGAUUGGAAGGGUUCGCGUCUUCCCUCUCCGGCCACUCGUCAAGGGCCGGAGUUUGAGUGCGAGGCAAAAGUUAGCGAUCGAUUCUACUGUUGCUGCUCUUCCGCCUCCGUGCGGCGAUGACAACAAGCAGGCGGCUACUCGAGUUCACGCUCCUUUGAAUGGCUUGUACGAAAAGUACCUCUUCAACUCAGUGGUGGUGAAGAAGAACGGUUUCCGAGACCUGAGCCAGGAUGACUCGUCGAGCUUGGAUGAUGAAUUUGUGCCGGAAGUUGGGAAGUGCGGUGAUAAGGAUUGUGAUCACCGAGCAGCAAAGUCAUCACCUAAUCACCAGAAAAACGGUGUUAUGUCACUCAAACACUGCGAAGAGGCGGCUGUGCAGGCGAUCAGAGAAGCACAGCAGUCGAUCAGUGUAGCACUGACCGGUAUGGAACAGGUGGUGGCAAUCCAUCCUCUGUCGGCGACUGCUUUUCUGGCUCUUGAUUCGUCGGGAAAGCUUCAGCUGAUGAGCUUUAAGAGGUCCAUUUUUGCGAAAGGCAGGGCGAGAUCAUCCAAGAGCGCUGUCGUGCGCGUGGACACCAGGUCUGUUGAGGUUCCAUUUCGCGUGUCCUCUCUUGCGGUCGUUCCGUGUGCUACGGACACAGGAGGGGUCAGGACACUGUGGCUAUCAGAUGGAAAGAACUCCGUCUACGUUCUCGCAGUUCCGGAAGACAUGCAUUCUGUUGACGGCGCCAUUGCUCCCCGAGGUUGUAUGCGAGUGAUGCAGGUGCUGUUUGUGGGUGCUGGAACUGAAUCUCUCGUUGCGCUAUCACCGGAGACUGUGUUGGCUUUAUCUGAGGGAGCGCUAGUCGCAUAUGUGAAAGCAGCAAGUUAAAGUCGAUGCUGAGGAUUUUUUUUAUGAUAACCAGUUCAAUACACUACUGUGGGUUCGCCGGAUAGAUUCUGUUUGAUUUGGAUGGCAGAGUAGUGUGGCUUUCUCAAGCAUCAACUCUUACUAUCCUUGCUUGCUGGUGCAAACAAGCUUCGCAGAGGGCCAGAACGAUCGAUGGGGGUGAGGCGGAGUCCAGUAGCAAUUACCCAACGUUGCCUUUGGUCCUGGCCAUGGAAUUAAGCAGGGUUUUAAGGACUGAUAAGAGGUGCGGGAAUUAGCAUUCUGGGGAACGAGGAUGAUAACGACAACGAAGAGGAAAGAAUGCGUUAGUGAUAGAGAGCAGGGAAAUCUCUCCAAAUUCCUUCUUUGAGCGCAAGAAGGUUUCUUCUUUUCUAGCUUGGUAUUCCUCGCAAUAUUUAUAAAAAUCAUAUCAACAAGAUAACUAUGCGUGGACUUUUU